GCGUGCAUCGAUCAGGACCUCCUCGUAUUUGACCGCAGAGCCGUUGGAACUCCUUACGCGGCGAGGCUGCCGAUUGUGGCAUCUAUGGUAUGACUGAAUGUUGCGACUCGUGUAACGCAUCACUGUCUAUCGAGAGAAACACUCGUCAAGAGACAGUCGAGUCCACCUGAGACGUUGUCAUCCGCUUACUCCUUUCACCUCGAGGAGUGUCAAAAGAGGCAACUCUGAGUCGACUCGACACAUUUAUCACAGCCUGGAAUCAUUCUGUUAUGCUCUCCACUCGUCACUCCUCAGCCACUCCUCAAACCCAGACCAUCUUGAUCCAUCCGCAGAUCCUCAUUCCCAUUGCUGCGCGUACAAAUCACACAUCUGACCGUCCAUACGCUAUCCACGAUGAACCAGGCCCCCGCCGCGACCCAGAUCACAAAGACGACCUUGACCCCGCAGCACGCCCUCACGCCCACCCGCAUCCGAAUCAUACCCUCUCCGGAUCUCCUACGACUCGAGCCGGUCAAAGAUGGGGACAUUGAAGCCAGGAUCGUCCUCCGAGCAGCGAAGCGUGAGCCUCGGAAGGAUAUACCAGAAGUUGGCGUGGCAAUGACGCUCACCGUCCCGACCAAGUGGAGCCCACCGCUCUACGAUGAGGACGCAGAACCAGGACCAGAGAUCAACCCAUAUGACCGGGAAUUGGUCUUGCCGGUGAUACCUGGUCGCCCGACACCCAAGGUCAACCUGUUGAAUACAUUUGUUCCUCCAGAAGAUACUGACACGAGCAAGAUCAUCAUGGAGAGGCGUGAGGGGAAUGCUGGGAACUUUCAGUUCUGGUCAGGAGGCAAGAUUACGAUGUUCAUGCGUCAAGCAUCGUCCUGGCGGCUAAGCAUGGGUACAGGCUCAAAUUGAAGGAAGGCAUUGUGAAGGACGUCCAAGCUUUCAGCCAGGGCAGGGAUUGUCAGGUCAAGAUGGUGUUCAAUUUCGUCUCCGUCAAAGAGUAGUGAAUGCAUCGAUACCUGGCAGAAUGUCAGCGACCAGUGAUUCAUUAACGCCGCUUGGUCCAUGUUGCAAUCAGAUCCCCUGAUACAUUGGGGACGCCCUAUGUUGUCUGCGUAGCCGAAGCUAAGAUUAAGGAUGACAAUUGAAGCGAAUUCAUCAGGAGGAAGCGUGAGGAGAGUAUAGUGGAUGUUGGAUGUCCGAAUGUCUUACGGAUGUGCGACUCACGUUACACUAUACGGACCGGUCGAUAGAGA